AUGACGGCACAUGCCAACAGAAGGCCACACGCGCGAACAACUGACAGCUCCGACUCUGACGACGAUCAUCACAACGGAAUAUGCAGGACUUGCGCCAACCGUGCCCGCCAACCAGCGGGCACCUCGGACACGCCGGGAAGAUCCGACUACCGGAUCCCGAGCCGCGACCAAAACUCCUCUCGACGCCAUCAUCGUUACCAAACAGAAAUCAGCGCCCCGAAAUGGCCGCCUCAGCAAACUACACGGCGAAGAUGCCGCAAACCACGCGGCAAAGAUGUCGCCAUCCACUGGUCUUCAGGUUGUGGCCGGCUCCGAGACGAUGCCCCCAAGAAGGAAGAAGACGUGAAGGCGUCUUCAUCGCCCGAUCUCAAAGAUCUGAGGUUUCCCUCCGGAGCCAAGGCCGCGGGAAGGGGGAGAAGCACCACACAACAACAACGCUUCCAAGAAAAAGCACGACGCCCACGGGCGUCGCCGUCGCCAGAUCCGGCAGAGGCCGGACAUAGGAUUUCUCCCGGAGAUGCUCAACCACCACCUGCCCGCAUCAACGCAGCCAACGAACCCCAUCCUGCCGAGGCCGACCUCGAACUGGCCGUGGGAUCCCGAGACCCACCAUGCCCAGAUGCGCACACCACCCCCCAGCCGAAGCCGCUUCCACCAAAUCCGGGGCCGCCGCCCCGGCAGCUGCCACCACGCCGGGCUAGCAAACUGGCCAGUUCCUUAGCACCAAGCCGGGAGGGGGGCCGCUACCCCGCCCCAACCCGCCGAGUAGGGCUGCUGGGCGAAGCUGGAGCAACCCACUGCAGCCGCAGCACCGCCGGGAGGAGCCUCGUCCAGCAGCCAGGAGCCGUCGUCCGCAUCCCGACUCGCCGGAUCCACGCGCCAGGAGCCGCCGGAGCGCCGCCAAUCGCCAUGCCGUCCCCGCCAGAUCCCGUCGAGGGGCAUCAAGGCCGCACCCGAAGCACGCGCCACCACGCCCCUCGCCGCGCCAGCACCACCUGGCCGCGCCCGCCUGCGCAUCGCUCGCCGCCACCCCGCGCUGCCUCGCCGCGCCGCCCCGAGCGCCAGCGCGCCCGAGCUCCCUCUGGAGCGGCCGACCCGCGCCGCACCAUCUCAAGCGGGAGGAGGAAAAAGGAACCCCGCCGCCGCCGAGCCGCGCGGGCUUCGCCCGGCGACUCCUGCCGGCGGCAGCGAGGGGAGGGGGGCGGCGGGGUGUGGCUAGUGGCGGCGGCGGCUAGGGUUCGCUCCUGGCCGCCCGCAGGAGCGACCGAGGAGCGACCUUUUUGA